AAGUCAGGAAACCCAUGACAGCUCACCAUCCAUAGAGAGUUCAACAGAAUCAGAACAAAAAAACAUCUAAUUAUUUGCAGAAUGAGGGUUUUGAUUGUCAUCACUGCUCUUGUGGCUCUGGCCAGUGCAGCCAGCAUCUCUCUGGAAGACCUGGAGUUUCAUUCCUGGAAACUGAAGUUUGGCAAGAUCUACAAGUCUGUGGAGGAGGAGUCUCAGCGUAAGAAUACAUGGCUGGAAAAUCGCAAACUGGUCCUGGUACACAACAUGCUGGCUGACCAGGGCAUUAAGAGCUACAGACUUGGCAUGACCUACUUUGCAGACAUGGAUAACCAGGAGUACAGACAGUCUGUGUUUAAGGGCUGCCUGGGAUCCUUCAACAGGACCAAAGGACACAGUGCAUCUACAUUCCUCCGACAGGCAGGUGGAGCUGUUCUGCCAGAUACUGUGGACUGGAGGGAAAAGGGCUAUGUGACUGAGGUUAAGGACCAGAAGAAUUGUGGCUCUUGCUGGGCCUUCAGUGCGACAGGGUCACUGGAAGGGCAGACAUUUAGGAAGACAGGGAAGCUGGUGUCACUGAGUGAACAGCAGUUAGUGGACUGCUCCGGGAAAUAUGGAAACAUGGGAUGCGGAGGUGGCUUGAUGGAUCUUGCCUUUGAAUACAUUGAGGACAAUAAGGGAAUUGACACAGAGGAGUCCUACCCUUAUGAAGCUACUGAUGGGGACUGCAGGUUUAAACCAGCUACUGUGGGAGCCACCUGCACUGGCUAUGUGGAUAUAAACAGUGAAGAUGAGAACGCUCUACAGGAAGCCGUGGCAAACAUCGGACCCAUUUCUGUUGCCAUCGACGCAGGCCAUACAUCCUUCCAGCUCUAUGAAUCUGGAAUCUACAAUGAGCCUGAGUGUAGCAGUGAAGACUUGGAUCAUGGUGUCCUGGCUGUUGGUUAUGGCACAGAUAAUCAACAAGACUACUGGCUGGUCAAGAACAGCUGGGGUCUCGACUGGGGUGAUAAAGGCUAUAUCAAGAUGACCAGGAACAAGAAUAACCAAUGUGGUAUUGCCACAGCAGCCAGCUAUCCUCUAGUUUAAGGGUGGAUGAAAAACAAGUCAACUCAAUCAGCAGUAUCUACAUGACUUGGUUAUAUAACACACUGCACAAUGGAAUCUGUGUAAAAAUGUAGUAAUUUUUUAAAAUAUAAAAUUGAUCUAGAAAACUGAGUACUGUAAUAUGUUGCCGAACCUUGUUUUCUACUUUUCUAUUCCGUGGGCAGAAAGCAUGGUUCGAAGACAAAAAUGAGCAUGAAUGGAAUAAAUAAAUAAAUAAAAUAAUGGGGGAAAAAAAAUGAAAACCCUGGACAUUCUUUCAAUAAUAUUGAGUUAUAAUGCACUUUUUUAAUCACAGGGAACAUAUUAAUAAAUGGAUUAAGGAGACGAUGGGUUAUGUCAUUUUAGAUGCACACUAGUUGACCUUGUUUAGUACUUAUUUAAUUAUUAAGGCUUCCAGCCUCAAUGCUAGUGAAAAAACGAAUAAAAACUAAUCAGAUAACACUACUAUCUUUCUGCACUUAAAAUGAAUGGUGUUAAUAUGUAUGCAAAAAGAUUAUAUAAUAUAUUCUGACAUUACUGGU